AUGUAUGAAGGAGUUAAUGAAGACUUCAACGGAGGGUUGUAUACAAAAUUAAAUACGUUAAAAGUCGAAGAAGUUGGAAAAAUAACACUUAAAGGACUAACAAAUAUAAUGGAAGGAGAAUUAGACGAAGAUAAAGAAAAACAAGUAAUUAAUGAUAUGGUCGAUAAUGAUGAUGACGUGGUGUGUACGAGCGUUUCAGUAGUUGAUAAACGUCGUCGGGUAUUCAAUCCAGUUGCAAAACCAUGGCAGAUUCUAAAAUGCGCACAGUUAAAAUUAAACCUAACUGAAGUACUGAAAUUUAAAGGAAGAGGAAAAUUUUUAAGCGAACCAGCAGAAACAAAAAAGAUUAUAGGAGAUGGUAAUUGCCUAUAUAGGGCAUUAUCAUACUGGAUAACGGGCACAGAAGACAAUCAUAUGGAAAUACGUAAACGUAUUGCUGAGGUACGUAAUAUACACAUUUAA